AUGAAUGAGUUCAAACGAAUGAGACAUCGGAGCCUAGCAGAGAACCGGUCAUCAGAUUAUGUUCGCCGGCGUUCCUACGCUCUUGCCACGACCCCCCAACUUACAUCGCAAAGCAAUCCCACAACAGGCUCCAUGUUGAUCAUCUCAUUCUUGACUCUGAUGAUGAUUACGUUGCUCGUUAUGAUGGCAAACUGUCUUCUCGUCGUCAUCUACAUCAUCCUCGAGCUCGGAUUCGAAGAGCUCAAUGUUCUACGAAGGCUACACGCAGUCAUUCAAUGA